CGGAAGAAGUGGCCGCUGUUUUGAAAUCAGGCAGUACCGGGCUUUCAAGCCCCUACCCACGUGGGGUCCCGGAAGCCGCCCAAUUCCGGGCCGACCCCCUAAGGCCUGCUGUGUGACCCCUGCCGGCCUGAGGCCGCAGCCGCGUCAUGUCCACCCCUCCGCUGGCGGCGUCGGGGAUGGCACCCGGGCCGUUCGCCGGGCCCCAGGCUCAGCAGGCCGCCCGGGAGGUCAACACCGCAUCGCUCUGCCGGAUCGGGCAGGAGACGGUCCAGGACAUCGUGUACCGCACCAUGGAGAUCUUCCAGCUGCUGAGGAACAUGCAGCUGCCAAAUGGUGUCACUUACCAUACUGGAACAUAUCAAGAUCGGUUAACAAAGCUGCAGGAUCAUCUCCGCCAACUUUCUAUUCUCUUCAGGAAGCUGAGGUUGGUCUAUGACAAAUGCAAUGAAAACUGUGGAGGAAUGGAUCCCAUCCCAGUAGAGCAACUUAUUCCAUAUGUGGAAGAAGAUGGCUCAAAGAGUGAUGACCGGGCUGGCCCUCCUCGUUUUGCUAGUGAAGAGAGGCGAGAAAUUGCUGAAGUAAAUAAAAAACUGAAACAGAAGAAUCAACAGCUGAAGCAAAUUAUGGAUCAAUUACGAAAUCUCAUCUGGGAUAUAAAUGCCAUGUUGGCAAUGAGGAACUAAACUGAUAUUUAAAUUUCCUGCUUUACAUGUUAUACCUUUUUUUUUUUUUUCCUUCAAGUAUUUUUUUCCCUUUGAAAAAGAUUAUCUGUUUUUAUUUUAUUCACUAGAACUAAA